AUGAAGGCUCGGUCGAUUUUUUGUCUUGGAAUUGUUACUGGCACUGGUUUCGCUCAAGAUGUUUUCGAACCCUCCGACUUCAAUGUUACCGACGCCCUCAUUGCCAAUGGUGUCGACGUGUCAGCCCUACCAGAACUGGCUAACUUGACCGAGAAACGGUCGCUUUCCAAUCCUUGCGCCGUAGCUUGCAACUCACUCAAGCUUAUCUUCGGAAGCAAGAUCCUUACGAGCGGAUCGGCCGAUUACGAUGCUUUCACAAGCGCAUACUGGUCAACACAGACGGCCUCGGUAGAACCCUACUGUGUAUUCAAGCCUGAUAAAGCGCUUGAUGUAUCAACAGUUGUCCUACUCUCUCGCCUCACACAGUGCCCUUUCGCAAUAAAGGGUGGUGGCCACACCGGCUUUCCUGGCGCAUCAAGCAUAGAAGGCGGCAUCACUGUUUCUCUGGAGAACAUGAACGAGAUCACGCUUUCCAGUGACAAGAAGACCGCCGCAAUUGGACCGGGAAAUCGUUGGGGUGCAGUGUACACGAAGCUUGCAGAACAAGGCCUCACAGUCAUUGGCGGUCGAGCCUCGGACGUCGGACUUGGCCUUGUUCUUGGAGGUGGAGUAUCUCACCAUUCCAACAUAUACGGAUUUGCCUGUGACAAUGUUGCAUUCUUCGAGGUAGUCACCGCCUCGGGCAUAAUUCUGACUGUUACGCCCACGCAGUUCCCUGACCUGUACUGGGCUCUCCGUGGUGGAGGCAACAACUUCGGGGUGGUCACAAAAUUCAAUCUUGAGACCGUCCCUCAAGGUCUGAUGUGGGGUGGUACCCGCAUUCAUCUUCAGCCCGAUUAUCCAAAGUUAAUCGACGCUUUCGCAACAAUGGUUGAGAGUGCACCUUCAGACCCUAAAGCGGUACAGAUCCUCUCCUUUGCGGUCACAGCGGGCUCCCCCGCUGCGCAAAUUCAGCUUGAAUAUCUUCAGCCUGUGGAUGAAUCCAAUCCUCCGACUAUUCUUAAGCAGUACCUGUCUAUUCCUCCGGUUAUGGCCAGCACACUGAACCGCACCCUAACAUCGGACACUGACAUGCUCAGUGCGCAAAUGCCUGCGGGUCACCGUUACUCCUUCUGGGCCGGCACUUUCAAGCUUGACCGCGAUUUCAUGACCUGGAUGCAGGAGCGGCACCAGAAAGACGUGGGCUCCCUUCCGGAUCAAGGCUCUCUGACAUUCCAGGCUUUCACUGUUCCCGCGCUCUCCCAAAUGAGCAAAAAGGGGGGAAAUGCCCUCGGUCUGGAUCCUGCUGACGGACCUCUGUUCCAUGUCCUUCUCUACAUGGUCUGGGAUGACAAGACCAAAGACGAAGCGCUCAACAAGGCUGCAGGUGAUUUCAUGAGUGCUGCAAAACAGGAGGCAAAGAACAGGGGAUUAUACCACAGGUACAUCUACAUGAACUAUGCAGGGCCUUAUCAGAACGUCGUUCCAGGCUACGGAGAAGAGAGUCUGUCAAGGCUCCAGAAGGUCGCAAAGAAGUACGAUCCAGCUGCCGUGUUCCAGAAACUACAGCCUGGUGGAUACAAGCUAGAAGGAGCACCGUACGGAGAGGUUGUGUAG